AAUAGUUCUCGGGAGAGGCUCCAAAGUCUGACAAGGAAAUUGCAAAAGCGGAGUUGACUCGAAAGCUUUCUGGGCGGCAGCUGCCAGGAUAGCCGAAGAAAGGCAGCCUGUAGCCUUUGGAAUUUGCAUCCUUUCAUGGCAUAAUAAUGGAAAAUAAUCUCUCUCAAUGCCAGUGGAGCAUACAGUAGGCCCACUUGAAGGUAAAAUGACAUGUAUAUGGUUGAUGGUUGGUCUUACUGCUUUAAUGCAAGGACAGAGUGAAGCCAAUGCUGGUUCCUGCAAAGACCUUGGAGUGGACUUUCAUCGCUUCUUUGUGGCAGAAGGAGAAGCUAUGGUGCUAUCUUGUACACUGCUGGAUCCUCUUAUCUUAAAAAGCUUUGCAGGCUCAGAGUACAACAUCAGCUGGUAUAAAAAUGAGACAGGAGAGGAGUACACCUCAGGAGAAUCCACAAUAAGUGCACAAAAUGAGCUGCUUUGGUUUCUUCCAGCCUCACUAACUGACAAUGGCCAUUACGUUUGUGUUCUCAGAAAUUCUGUCAAUUGCAUUAAACAAGCUAUAUUUGUAAAUGUUCACGAAGAAAGAAGAAAUCAUUGCAUCCACGAUAGUCUGGUCUAUUUGCAACAACUGAAAACUUUACCUAAUGGUAACAUUAUUUGCUCUGAUGUGAAGACCUUUAUAGAGAGAUCAGAAGCACAUACUAUACACUGGUACAAGGAAUGUAAAGCAAUUCAAAACGAUGACAAAUUUAUUUCUUAUGGAAACAAACUUUUGGUUCAACGUGUCAGUCUGGAGGACAUUGGGAUUUACACUUGUGAAAUAACAUUUCGGCUGAAUGGCACUGAAUACAAAGCAACAAGGACCAUAGACUUAAAUGUGAUAGAUGAUUAUUAUUUACAGCCAUUGGUUGUUUCCCCUUCUAAUAAUACAAUUGAAACCAGGCUUGGCUCUUACUUCAGUGUUUACUGUGAAGUUUUUAUAGGGGAUCUUCCAGCCAGCCCCCUUAGUAAUAUAUACUGGGUUGUAAACGAGACAGAGUUUAUUGAUCCAAGUCGCUUCACAGCAGGAAACAUGUCGGAAAAACCAGUGUCAGGUGGAAAGCUCCAGCAAGUUCAGCUUAUAAUUACAGAGGUGAAAGAAAUUGACUUUUACACAAACUUCAGCUGUCAUGUAAUCAGUGGAAAAGGACACUCUGUAGGAUAUUUCAGACUGAAGCCAUCUAGACCCAGCUUUUUGGUUCAUGUUGGAGUAUUCUUUUCUAUAAUUCUAGUAUUCACUAUAAUCAGUGCAGUUAUUUAUAAAUUCUUCAAAAUUGAUAUCAUUCUCUGGUACAGAAAAUCAUGUCACCUCAUUAGAAAAAAACAAGAAAGCGAUGGAAAGACUUACGAUGCGUAUGUUGUUUAUUCCAAAAAUAAUCCUUGGGCACCGUCAAACAAGGCUGCUCAGUUUGCUCUUCAGAUUCUUCCUCAUGUGCUGGAGAAGAAAUGUGGAUAUAAACUUUUCAUAUUUGGUAGAGAUGAACUGCCUGGUGAAGCUGUGACAGAUGUGGUGCUGAAAAACAUUCAGAAAAGCAGAAGAUUAAUUUUCAUCUAUGCGUCUAAACUAUAUGAUGAAGAGGAUCCCCUUGUUCUGUUUGAACUCCACACUGGAUUGUAUGAUGCCUUGAUAUGUAAUAAAGUAAAAGUCAUUUUGAUUGAGCUGGAGGUAAUACGAGACUAUUCUGGCUUUCCUGAAUCAGUAAAAUAUUUUAAGGAGAAGCAAGGAGCUGUACAUUGGAAAGGAAGCUUCACAGGGAAAUACAUGUCACCAUCAACCCGUUUUUGGAAACAAGUCCGAUACCUCAUGCCAAUGAUUGAGGAAAAACAGUCAGAUAAAAACAAUUUUUCUCUCUCUGUUUAAUAUAUGAAUUGUCCUUAAAAUACAGCCUUGUAAAUACGUAGUGACACUACAGUUCUUUUUAUAUUUUGGGUAUGUGUGAUGAAUUGUGAGUGUUUGGUUCAAUGUACACAUUAUUUUUACAAAGCACUAUUCCAAAUGAGACACAAAAAGAAAUUCAAAAGACACUUUCAAUUCCCUAUGAAAAUUAAAAACAAUAAAAAU